UGAAAGCUGUUUCGUCAAGAUGGCGCGACGAAAUGGUAACAAGAAGUGGUCAGCAACGUUACGAGUACUAAAAAGCUAAGUUAUUGUCUACUUCGAAAAAUUAUCACGUCAUAUUGUUGAUAAAUAUUGCAAAUUUAUCCAAUACCACAUGAUUUACGCCGACUUUUAUCAACGUUCGACAAAUUUUCAAUCUGAGGUUAUCGCGCCCAAUAUAUAGUCGACUUUGCUGAGUGCGUGUAUGCAAUACUUAUCUUAUCAACACGAUGGCCGAUCUACCGUACAAAGACGGAUACGAAACCCAAGGAAUGGCAAUGCACAGCGGAGCAGGAUCGGAUGGAGAUAUGAAACUGGAGCCAUCUAGUCCUACUGAAAGAUAUACCUUUUCCCGAUGCAGUAGUACUGGUUCCAUCAAUACUCCUUCGUCAUCUGCACAUAACACUGAAGACGAAGAUAGCGACAAUAAAAAUUCUACAAUAAGCUACAAAGAACGUCGCAGGGAAGCUCAUACUCAGGCGGAACAGAAGCGAAGAGAUGCCAUAAAGAAGGGUUAUGACUCUCUUCAAGACUUGGUUCCUACCUGUCAGCACACAGAUUCAUCUGGUUACAAAUUGUCUAAGGCGACAGUUCUGCAGAAGUCAAUUGACUAUAUACAGUUUCUCUUGCAACAAAAGAAGAAACAGGAGGAGGAACGUAAUGCUCUUCGAAAAGAAGUCGUGGCACUAAGGAUAAUGCAAACCAAUUAUGAACAAAUCGUCAAGGCUCACCAGACCCAGCCUGGUCAUGCCGAGGCACGCGUUUCAGAUGAAGCUAAAUUCCAAGUGUUUCAGGCAAUUAUGGACCGUCUAUUUCAAACUUUCAGCAACGUUUCAGUAGCUAAUUUUGCUGAAUUAUCAGCCUGCGUAUUCAGUUGGUUGGAGGAACAUUGUAAACCGCAGACACUUCGGGAAGUGGUAAUAUCCGUUUUACAGCAGUUCAACAAUCCUAUCAGCUAGUCAAUGGUAUAACAUAACUUUAGAUUAUGUUUAUGCUUCCAAUUGUUGAUCAACGAUCUUGAAGUACUAUUGCAAUUCAGAAAACAAGCCAUUCCAAUGAACUUCUGUGAUUGCUAAUGGAAGCCUAUUGCAAAUUACCUCUCAGUUACCAGAACAUAUUAUAAAUAUAAAUAUAUAUACAGUUGUACCGUUCACUUGUUCGCUCUCAAGCAAUGGGACAAACUUUGUGAUUCUAGCUCGUGUGAUAAGUACCUAAUAUAAUUGAUCACCAUUGGA